GAGCGGCCCCCGUACACUGCCCUAGGCCGCGGGGCGGGCCGUGCCGCUCGCCGCCGGGCCCCGCAGCCCCGCCGGGGCGGGACGCGCUGCCAGCCCGGCCCUGCCGACCUGCGGCGGCGCCAUGGUGGAGGCCUGGUACAUGGACGAGUCCCAGGAGGACCAGCGGGCACCGCAUCGCCAGCGGCCCAACCGCGCCGUCAGCCUGGAGCAGCUGCGCCGCCUCGGCGUGGUGUACCGCAGGUUGGAUGCUGAUAACUAUGAGACUGAUCCAUGCUUGAAAGAGAUUCGGAGAGCAGAGAACUAUUCUUGGAUGGAUAUAGUGACCAUACACAAAGACAAGCUUCCAAAUUACGAGGAAAAGAUAAAAACGUUUUAUGAAGAGCAUUUGCACCUGGAUGAUGAAAUUCGCUACAUCUUGGAGGGGUCUGGCUAUUUUGAUGUUCGGGACAAGGACGACAAAUGGAUUCGGAUUUCCAUGGAAAAGGGAGACAUGAUAACCCUCCCUGCUGGCAUAUAUCACCGAUUUACACUGGAUGAGAACAAUUACGUGAAGGCAAUGAGGCUGUUUGUUGGAGAACCCGUCUGGACUGCGUACAACAGGCCGGCUGACGAUUUUCCUGCUCGGAAACAGUAUAUGAAGUUUUUGGCUGAAGAAGCACCUAAUGGUGUCUGAGACCUGACAGGUGGAACAUCCUGAAGCCCUGCCAGAAUAAAUGUGCCUUCUUGGUUCUCACUGAUAAAGCUUGUAUUUACAUAGGAAAUUGGAAUCACAGAAUCAUAGAAAAAUUCAGAUUGAAAGGUCAUUUGGACGUGAUUUAGUCCAACUCUGUGAAUUACUAUGCCAGUUUUAAAGCUAGACCAAGUUGCUCAAGUCCCUGAAGUUUGGGAUCCUCUGGUGGUGGAGGUCCCGCAGCCUGUCCAGGUGCUGGUUGCAGCACUUAGUUGCUGCCGUGGCCAAGCAUUUGUUCUUCAUGCCUAUUGCCCUUUCAUUGCAUGUCUGAGGAGAAUCUGGCUCUGUCUUCUUCACAGGCCCUGCUCUAGUAGAACCUGUAGUUGGGUCUCCUCUGAGCCUUCUCCUCUCCAGGCUGCACAAACCAGUGCCCUUGGCUGGGCUCCCUUCUGUUAACUAUGAUGUUCAACAUGUUUUGCCCUAGUUCUGGUGACUGGGGGAUGUCACUUGUAACCACCUGAUAGUUAAACUUGACCCACAGACUGUUUUGAGCCCAGUGGACCCGAGGUUCUGCAUCUUCCCAGUAGUUUGUAUCCUCAGUCAGGCUGCAAGGCUGCUGUGGGACAGACCAGUGAAAGUCAUGCUGGGGUCAAGGUGAAUGGCACCUCUGGUGUCCCCUCUGCCACAGAGCCAUUGCCCCGGCCGUCAGUGUCAAGCACAAUGUGUCCUUGGUGAAUUGGCCCUGACUGGUUGUCACCCAUUAGGGUAUCUCUUGUGCCUGGAACACUGUCCAUAAUGGCUUAUUCUGUAACAUUCCUGGGGACUGAAGUAGGGCUGAGCAGCCUGCAGUUUCCAAGAUCUUCUUUUGUGCCUUUUUGAAGGUGGUGAUAUUAUUUGCCUUUUUCCACGAAAAAGGUUUUCCUGAUCUCUGUGACCUUUCAAAGAUGCCAGCAACUUUGCAGUGACAUUAGCUAGUUGCAUUUACAGUUGCUCAGGAAUCCAUUUUCUAACCUUUUUUUCUUGGUAUUUCUGGCAGGUAGAAUUGCAAGAGGUGGGCUACAUUAAUAUUCAUUUUGCUCAGAAUCCAUGCUAAUGAACUAUGUAGGAUUCUGGUUUUAAUUAAAGAAAAUAAACCCUCCUUCAUUCUUGUCUAAAAAUGUUCAUAAGAGAAAUUUGCAUAAUCAGCAUUUUAGUAUGCAGCUUUCCAAGUUCUGCUCUGGUACAUAAAGCUGUGGUUUUCUCAGUAAAAUGUAGCAAUUUGUUCUUGUGAGUUAUUAAUAAAAUUACUUUGACCUGGG